AUGACGAAGGAUACUCCACCUCCAUCCAUUGAGUUUCAACCUGCACUUUCCGUCACUAAUAUCAAGAACUGCAUUCCAUUAGUGUACUCGUCACUAAUAUCAGUUCCAUACUCUCAAAUUGGGAGGAAUUGUUUACCAUUCCAUAUUUCCAUUAGGGUACUCGAUCACAUCGAUUCAAAGACCACAAAACCUACUGAUAUCUCUGAAAGUUUGUGGACACGGCUUGACGCGAUCGUAAAACAAUGGAUAUACGGGACCAUUUCAUCUGAUCUUCUUGAAACCAUCCUGUGCAAAGGGGACACUGCACAACACCAGGACAACAAGGCUACAAGGGCUCAGUACAACAAUCGGAGAUGGCAAGUGGUUGAGGACUUGAGGUAUAUCAUUCCAUAUAGCCAUGUGAAGGACUAG